GCAGUGCUGGGAAGAGAGAGGGAAGGGACUGGAAACGUGAACAAAAACUGCAUGCAGUUGCAGUAACUUGGAUAUUAGGAACAAACCUUCCUGAUCUUAGUCUCAGUAGCAAGUACUUGGAAGCAAAGCCCCCUAAAGCAGAAGACGUUACAGCAUUUUCCAGGUGUGAUCAUACUGUCUGUCUCCACAUCCUGGGUUUGACGAUGAAGAGUAAGAAUAAAGAUGAGACCAGCGAUACCGACAGUGGCAUCAUAAUCCAGUCCGGUCCUGAUAGCCCCAUGGCUGCAAUGAAGGAUUUGACUCAAGCCAUGAGGAAGCAGCAAAAGGCCCUUGAGGAACGUCUGGAAGCCUGUUUACAGGAACUACGAAGAUUGUGUUUGCGUGAAGCAGAAUUGACAGGAAUGCUGUCUUCAGAGUAUCCCCUGAAGCCAGGAGAGAAACCCCCGAAGGUCCGCCGUCGAAUUGGUGCUGCUUUCAAACUGGACCAAAAGGCUAUUCUUUUAGGAGCAGAUCCGCUGAGCACAUUAGAGAGAGAUCUGGCUCUGCAGCUGCAGAUUGCUGAAGCCGCUCGGUGUCUUUCCAAAGAAGAAAAUCUUGCCAAGCAAGUUCGGAAACGGCGGAAAAGUGCUGUUUUGAAAGAGGAAAAGAAACUGAAGGAGUUGGAGCAAGCGCUCAGUGACUAUCGCCUGGCAUCCAAACAGCCGUCCCAGCUAAAGACCAUUGCUCCAGCCUUAGAAGGGUUCAGUGCCCCUGAUGAACGUUCCUUGUUGGAUGGAACGGUGAGAGGAGAAGAAGUCCCUGUGGUGAAUCCUCACCUUCCAUCAAAAAUUACAUCUUGGAUACAAAUCCAGUCUCACCACAGUCCUUCAUCGCAACUUUCCCCCCUUGGCUUUCUAGAAGAUUCAACUCAUUAUCCAGCUGCUGAAGUGGAGUCCUCUCCCAUCCAGAAUAGCCCUUGGAAAGAAACUAGUUUGGACAAGCCGUAUGAGAAGCCCAAGAAGUCAAUGGGGUCCAACAGCACGCUGAGCACAGCAAGCAUAAUGCCCCCACCGGCACCCAGCCCUUCCAUUCACAGGGCAGUUGAGACACAUCUAUGUCACUUAGAUCCUCCUAGGAAGCUGGAAGUAAGAAGACAGGCUGGUUCCAGUGCCCCUCCAACCCCAGAAUUCCUGGGAAGGAGGGGACCGUCUCAGCUGAUAAGGGUAUGUUCUACUCGGGAAAGUUUGGAGUCCCGUGGAAGAAGUGCACUACCCAGGCGACGCCCCACCUACUAUACCGUGACUGUCCCUGAGUUCUGUUUCUCUGCAUCCAACCCCAACCCUGCUCCGAAAGCUAAUUUUCACUCUGCUUCAGAAGAUAGCAGUUCCGAUGUCUCCAGCAUCUCUUACACAACAUCUGCCGGCAGCAGCAGCCCAGACAUUUCCUUUAUGAAGCCAGCAUCUAUAGUGUCCAAGGAGGAGCCCACGCAGCUGUUCCAUAGCCAGGUCUGCAAGGGACAAGAGGCAGAAUACCACCGUCUGUGUCCUCAGAACCUGCGUUCAGGGUCAGGCUUUUUUCCUGCCACAGAACAUGUGCCCGGUAGCCACCUGACUGCUGGGAGAGAGCUCUGCCAUGGUCGGCCAUCUUUUCUCUCUAGCAACUCCGCUCACUUUGCCUACAAGGAAGAAACGGUGCCAGUUAAAUUCCAUAGGUCAGUUGUAUCCCACAGCAGGGUAGUUCGUACGCCAUCCCUGAAGGACUUUGUCCCAGUGGGUCCACGGGUUCUCUCCAAGGCGGCAGUGACAGAAGAGUUAAAAUCCUGGCAUGAACGAACCCGGCUGCGCAACGCGCGUCCACAUUCGCUGGAUAGGCAAGGAGCUUUCCGUGUGCGCAGUAUUCCAGGCAGAGAAUUGCAUUCUCCGUGUUCCUUGGGGCAUACAAUUCAGGUACCUCGUGUCCAUAUCCUCAAACGGUCUCCUGAAGGAGCCCCUGUGCAGGUCUACGUCCCGGAAAAUGGAGAAAUCAUUACUCAGGUUUAGAUCCUAGAAGCAGGAGCAGGAUGAUUACCUCUUAGGCCCUAGUCUGGGAGGGGAAGAAGAGGCCUUAAUUCAAGUCUUGACACGUUCUUGCACCUUGUGCUCCAUCUAUUUGGAAGAGAAACUUUGAGACUUGUUCUGCAAGUUACGUGAGACCAUGUUUCCAUAAUGAAUUGAAAGGGUGUACUGGUGACAACAGAAUUUAUGUUUCUUGUAUUAUGUGAAAUAUAGAUCAAAGUAACUAGGGUUUGUCUGCCUAUUUAUUCUCUUAGGUCUGUGCUGGAAACAACUUUAGAGUGUCUAUAGAUUAUGGAAAUGAAAGUAGUGUAGGGUUUUUGUACUCAGAGCUAUUUCCGACUACAACUUACUUUCUGGUGGAAGUAGAAUGUAUGUGUACCUACCCAGGUUUCUUAAUUAUUGGAUUUGCCUUCUUUAUUCCUAAAGAAAGCUACCCAGUGCAGCCAGUGGUCUGCCUGAGUGUACUUCAUGCUCUGCUCUGUUAUUCUGCCUUUCUUUAGACUAAUGUAAUUCACAAAUCUGUGGACCUUUUAUAUGAAUCCUUAUUUUCAGUUUUAAUGGAAUUUUGUAUUAAAAAGAGGUCCAUUUUGAUGGAUGAACUAUAACAUAUCGCUCAACUUUUGUAUGCAAUCCUCAUUAAAUUAUGGAAUCGGGGUUGCCUAUAUAGAACAAAUUGCAUGUCACAUAGCUGAUAAUCAUCUAGCACUGAGCCAGACAACCAGCUUUAAUUUUAUUGCAGAAGAGAUUAAUGACUGGUUUGUCAGCUGUAAGAAAACAACUCGCUAUUUACUGACCUCUUGCAAAAAACAAAAUGGUUUACACAAAGCCAUAUGCAGAGCAAUACACUUAUGGCUAGAAACUAGUCUUAUAGGUUCCUACAGUAAUUCAACAAUACACUCAGCAAUCUUAGAGUUGAGCAACAUAUAUGUGGAGUAGCUAACCUGUGGCGAUCUGUGCCUAAUUGGAAACACUUGUUGGGCUCUUUUGUUCCAGAGAUGGACUAAAACAUGGUUCCCCCGGGUAGAAGUGGGUCAGGAAGGGGAGGAGCAGGAAAAAGCCAAGUUUGAAGGCAUGUGCAAACUUGUGGUGGCAGUGACAAUGUACGAGGACAGAGAAGGCACUGGAAAGACCAGAAGCAGGUGGGCCAGUGCCACAUUGGAACUUCGUGAUAGUAGCUGAGCGAAAGCAAGAGAAGAAGAGGACAAAGUAUCCCACUGUAUAAAAAAUACUCCACAAUCCCUCUGAAUGCUGUUUUAGCAGAACCUUUGGCCAAUGGAAAUGUGGGUUUUGUUCCUAUCAAGCCGCAACCAAUCCAACCAGUCCCUAGGGAGAUAGGGCGAUAUAUAAAUACGAAAAAUAAAAUAAAUAAAAUAAAACACUUGAACAUUUUUCCCCUGCAGUAUUUUCUGUAUAUCCUUACAGCAAGCCGUAGCCUACAGGGUAGAGACAAUAUUCAGUUCUUCUUAAGGGUAUAUACUACAGUUCUAAGUUUUGGUAAAUUAUUAGUACUGCCAACUAUUUUCCUGUCACUGUUCUAUGCCUUUUGGCUUCAUUAAAAGUAGAAAUCAAGCUAAGGAAAUGUUCAACCUAUUUACAUUAUUUAAAAAAAUCAUUGGCAAUGUUCUGAUGACUUGUCAUUCAAAUAUGAAGGGGAAAAGACAGCCAGAAGCCAGCCUUUUGUUAAUAAUUGUAAUUUUAUAUAAGUAUUAGCAUUCAGCUUCUUCAAAUGACAUUUUUCUUACCCCAGUUACUCUGUAUGUCAGAAUUCAAACUUGUUCAUUUUUCAAGCUUUUUUUCUUCUUCCACAAAGUGAAAACUAAUACCUAUGGAAAAAACCGAUUUCACUUCAAC